AUGUUUUACGCGCAUAUCGUGCUGGCCAAGAAGGGCCCUUUGGCUCGGAUCUGGUUGGCAGCACAUUGGGAUAAAAAGAUCACGAAAGCACACGUGUUUGAAACGAACAUCGAGCAGAGCGUGGACGGUAUUAUGCAGCCUAAGGUAAAGCUAGCGCUGCGAACAUCUGGCCAUCUGCUGCUAGGUGUCGUUCGGAUCUAUGCGCGAAAAGCCAAAUAUCUGCUGGCAGAUUGCAAUGAAGCAUUCGUUAAGAUAAAGAUGGCGUUCCGCCCUGGAAUGGUUGAUCUGCCGGAAGAGCAUCGCGAGGCUGCUGUCAAUGCGAUCACUCUUCCCGAGGUGUUUCACGAUUUCGACACGCCGCUGCCGGAACUGAACGACGUAGAUAUCGAAGCACACUUCUCUAUUAACCAGUCACGGGCGGACGAGAUUACGAUGCGCGAAGACUACGGAACACUUCCGCUAAACAUACACGAUGAUGGAUUCGGCGACAUGGGGUUUGACGACACGCCGGAUAUGGUCCGCGAUCGAAUGGAUGAUCAGAUGGAGGACGAUUUGUUCACGGAUACUGUUACGCGCCCUCCAGAUUUAGAGCAGGAUAAAGAACCAUUGCCUGGAACGUCUCGAUCAUUGCUUGAUUCUAUCGACCCACAUCAUCCCCACGGAGACGAUGAUAAUUUUGGAGACGAGGACUUUGGUGGUCAACCUGCUGCUGGAUUGUUCGAAGGAGAUAUAUUCGCCGACGCACCACUUGCACCCGAACCAGAGCUACCUACAGCCGUCACACAACGGCGCGCGGAAGAUUCGGAUGAUGAUGACGACGAUCAUUUUGACAUGGGAGGUGCACCAUCGCCAGCUCCCAGCUCAGACAAUUCUCGUCCAACAUCUCCCGUACCAAAAAGUGCGUUAUUGGAUGUUGAACCACUACCUGGUACGAGCAAGGAUACAGUGGGUCUCCAAGGUCCUCAACUGCAUCCCGAGACUGGUCUCCCUAUCACACAUGAUGCUGACGACGUCGAAGGGGCCCUUGGAGGUGACGGCGGCCAUCCCGAUCAGACGACACUGUUGAACAACGAGGAGGAGAGCUUUGCUUUAGCUCCGGUUGAUGCAACGGCUCUGAAAGGGACAACCAAAUCCAAACGAAAACGAAAGCUAAUCGUGGAUGAAGUAAAGAACAUAUCUGGCGAAGAGAUGAAAAGCCAAUUGGCCAACACGUCUGACAUUGUGACGACACUGGAUUUGGCACCGCCAACGAAACGAUUGAUGUAUUGGAAAGAAACUGGCGGAGUGGAGAAACUGUUUGCGCUUCCCUCGCGAGACAUUCCCGCUCGGUGUUUAUUCAAAAACUAUCAACGUCACCUUACUUCAAGGUCGAUUGGUAUUGAAGACUUUUCCGUGCUGGCCCCACUUGAUGUGCUCGGAGUAGAGCUGCCAGUAGAACGCCCGGAAUCUCCGACGCAAGCCGUGACGUCGAAGCGUGGAAGAAAGAGGAAACAACAAGCUGAAUCGGCGGCUGUUACACCAACCAUACCGGGUUACCUGGAGCAAUCGUCGAGUGAUCAGAUGCGAAAUGCCGCCGGUGAGAUGCCUCCUCCGACGCCUGUGUCGAUAGAGAUGCGCGAGGACGGUCUGACAGCGGAUGCAUCACAACAGUCUGCAUUUAUGCCACCUCCUGCGACACCGGGACUAAGUCAUCUGACCAGUCCGAGUCAUCAGAGCCAUCUAAUGCCUCCUACUCCUGGCAUUUCAAACAUUCCCAUGACUCCUGGGCAGCUCGAUCACGGUGGGUUGACACCGGCUGGACUAGGACACGGUGGUGACCUUACACCUGUAGGUCUUUCACAUGGCGGACUGACGCCAAGCGACCUGCAUCAUGGUGGUUUAACACCGGCCGGAUUACACCAUGGAGAUCUUGGCGGAGGCAUGACUCCUCAUGGACUGGACCAUGGUGGCAUGACGCCCCACCACGCGUCUUUGGAAAAUAUCGAUCAAAUCCCCAACCUGCCAGCUGACCAAGUUUCAUCUAUCCUAAAUGAACCGGGCAUGGAAGGCUUUUCGAACAUGGGAUUCGAUGGAAAUACCUCGGAAGAGAUCGCGAAUGAUUGGAAUGGAGAUUAUGAGUUCCCUUCAUCCGUUGGUGCGACACAUCCCAAUGAAGAGCAGCAGGUCGAUGAAACCAUCGAGCAGUUCGAGGAACGUGUGCUUAACAAACGAGCAGCCCAGAUGUUCCUUUCCGUGAAAUCUCGGUUACUGAAGGGGGAUUACAUGAUGCUGACUGAGAUGACGCAUCGGAACAAUAAGAAACAGGCUGCCCAAAAAUUCUACUCGCUGCUAGUACUGAAAAAGUUCAAGGCGUUAGAAAUCUCUCAAAAGCAACCCUACGACGACAUCACCGUUACGAGAGGUCCAAUGUUCGACAAUCCGAAACUCUAAGCAGAGGAUUGUGGAAGAUUGAAUAUAUGUUGCACCGGAUGUGACUUCAUAUUGAUGUACAGCAUAUUCUACCUAGUGUGCAAAUAGUAGGACUGAAUGGGUUGCUUGUUAGGGCGGUGAAUGAAAACGAAGCGUGAACCGCAUUUAAACUCCUUCAGAUUGAAUCGAUGUGUACAGUUGGAUAGGUUUCAAAAAAGAAACGUACAUUUCGAUGCUUCAGGAGCAAAUGUCCAUUAGGACACCUGGCAGCGUUAACAACGGUGCACCUGGUUAAUGGGCAAUUUUCUGGCCCUAACAUGGACACGCAUUCAAUUAUUUUAAGAAGUAGGCAUUACUGUUAACGUUGUUUUAUGUUUU